GAAGCGAAAGCUGGGUGAUACUCAGCUGGGCGCUUCUAACUCAAAAUCUCAGCGAGAUCUGGCGAGCCAAUCGAUGUGGCACAUAUCUAUCCGUUUUCAAUGCGACAUGAGGAUGACUCUAGUGGAGGACCUCGGUCCUCCUUCUGGGGCAUCUUACGUGCGUUUUGGCCUGGGGAGCGUGUGGAUAUAUGGAAACAGCCAUAUUCCCCACGGGGACUGAGGCUUCUCAUAACCUUAUGUGUCUCAGUCCGAACGCGCAUGCAUAUUGGGGAAGAGCAUAUUUCGCCCUCAAAUUAAUCAGGCUUUCAGAUGACAAGAAACGUCUGGACGUACAGUUUUCCUGGCUACCACCACGCAAUUACACCCCUCAAGUCGACGUUCUCCAACGUCCUUCCUUGCCAGCGGACUUGGACCAAGGUCCAAACUUAGUCAAGCUAUUCCAUUACGAGACUGAGGAGAAAAUCUGUUCCGGAGACAAAAAUUCCCUUGAAACCGAUGACCCAGUAGCACGGCCGCUGCCUGACUUAGGGAUAUUGGAGAUGCAAUGGCUUUUACACCACGUGGCAGCAAUGAGCGGAGCUGCUGAACCCCGAGACGACUUUGGCGGCGAUGACGAUGGCGACAUCCCAAUAGCACUGAGGAUGGGUGGGAUUCGUAUACGGAGGACGAAUUGGAUGCAGAAUAGGCAGAGGUUCCGGAUUUGUUCUUGGAAGGCAUUUCAUCGGCAAUGUCGAUUCCAAGUUCAUCGCCGGCGGCCCUGCAGCAUCCUUCUGCACCAUGCCCAGAAGAUGAACAGUCCAAGCAUACUGCUACAACUCGUAAAGGAGAAGGCCAUGAGUAUUCAGUCAGACUGAAAACAUUGUUUGAAAGAUUCGUCUACAGUCAUGGAUUAGAUGCCUCACAUAAAGUAGAUAGCUCAGAUGCUGUGUGGGAUAGGUUGCUCUGACCCCAGGCAUGGCCAUAGUCUCAGAGUAGUUUAACAGCGAGCAGCAAAUCAUCAUCCCUCCCUCACGAAAACCUAAUCUUCCCGCGAAGGUUCGUAACGAAGUUC